AUGGUGGUACCCGUCACCUGCAUGUGUCUCCGUGAUGGUAAUGUUAAUGAAUAUCAGGCAAAGGAGCUGGUUCCUGGGGACAUUGUCCAUCUUAACAUUGGAGAUCGAGUCCCAGCUGAUUUAAGACUCUUUGAAGCUAAUGAUCUCAGUAUUGAUGAAUCCAGUUUCACAGGAGAAACAGAGCCAGCUGACAAAAAUAAUAACCUUGUCACCACAAGCACUUAUGGAACCUCUGGAAGCUUAGCCAAUAUUGCAUAUAUGGGGACUUUUGUUCGCACUGGCCGUGGCAAAGGCAUUGUCAUCAGCACUGGAGAAAAGUCCCAGUUUGAUCUUCAAUAUUGCUGUAAGUUUAGCUGUAGCAGCAAUACCAGAGGGCUUGCCCAUAGUUGUGACAAUGACACUCUGUCUAGGAAUUCGUCGUAUGGCCCAGCGCUCGGCUUUAGUAAAAGGUUACACACAGUGGAAACUCUUGGUUGUGUCACAACAGUUUGUUCUGAUAAAAACUGGAACUUUAACAAAGAGGGCGAUGAGUGCCACGUCACUGGAGUAGGCUAUUCCUCUGACGGCUCCAUUGUAUUUGAAGGAGGCUACUCUGACCUAGCUAAUGAGGCUGUCACAAAGCUUUUUGGAAACAGAAUUGCACAAGAACAUCAGUGUAAUAUAUCUAAGACAAGUAUACCCCAGGAAAGUAAGAUGAAACAAGCAACCCUCAGUUUAUUCUUAGAAGGCAUUGUGUUGAAAAUUAAAGGAGUGAUUGAUUGCCCCCAUCCACCUACAGCAUUUAUAAUUCCUCAUAGGCCAUUGUCUUUAAGUUCAUUUAGAAGUGCUGUAUGUAAUAAUGCUGAGAUAGUUGGCGAUCAACUGCUGGGACAGCCUACAGAAGGAGCCAUACUGCUGCUGCUAUUAAACAUGGUGUGUACAAUGCCCGAGAUAAGUACCAAAGAUUGGAAGAAAUGCCUUUCAGUUCUGAAACCAAGAAAAUGUCAGUCAAAAUCAGGAAUAAAAAAAACUGGGGAAGUGGAGUGGCUGGUUAAAGGAAGUGUUGAGCAUGUUCUGGCAUCAUGCACUCAGUAUAACCAGAGCAUGGCUACCCUCCCACUGUCCCAGGAGAAAUGUCAACAGAUCAUGUCAGCUUGCAUAGAUCGUGGAAGGCAGGGACUCCGAGGAGCCAGAUCUUCUGUUACUACUCUCCAGUCUACAGGAGUUAGUGUCAAGAUGGUGACUGGUGAUGCACAGGAGGACUGCUUGUGCUAUUGCCCAGGCAGUUGGUCUAGGGUUGGACCUGGUACUGUGUAUUCUGGUGAUCAAGUAGACAGCAUGGAUGAGCGCGUAUUGCUUGGGAUUAUUCAAGAUGCUACUGUGUUCUACAGAGUUUCACCCAGGCACAAGCUGCGAAUUGUAAAGAAUAUUGUUUACUUCAUUCCACAUUUCAGAGCACUUCAGGACAGAGGAGAAAUUGUCAGCAUGACAGGUGAUGGCGUUAAUGAUGUGGUAGCCUAA